AUGAGACUUAGAUUUAUUGCUCGAAUGAAGAAUUUUGAUGCAAACAACAAAUUUGAUGAAUUAUAUAAACAUUAUUAUUUUUUACAAUAAAGCUUCUCAUAAUCCUAACAAAUAUUAGUGAAAAUUUAAACAUCAUUAACACGAGAUCAUAUAACCAACACGCAAAGAGAACUAACAUCAUAGUUUAGAUGUCCCUGUUUGAGUUUCUGUACUAUAGCACUAUAGUACAAGCAUCUCAUUAAUGAUCCUAAUGUGCAGAUAUCCAUGAAUAAAUGCAUUUUUAUAAUCACAAAUACCAAGGUUGACAUCAGAUAGAAAGGUUAAGCUUUAUCAGGAAUUCAUGUUCUUUUCAAACACUAAUUUUUUAUGCAAUCUUCCUAUAUAUCCGAGUGGUAAUUUUUGAAAGGUUCUUUGUAAUUAAGGAUUACAAUAUCACGAAAAGGCAACUUUACAUGA